CUGGCCAUCGCGUUGCUAAUGCUGCUACACGCAGAUAACUGAAAACUGUUGAAAGUUUCUCCUGGAAGUAUUGAUUUAACGAGACCUCUCCAAUAUCGUUGCAGUUUAACCUCUGCUACGGUUUCGCAGUUGUGUCCAUAGGAAUAUUCAAUCAGGCUGUGAUAUAUGAUCGGCUAUAACAACUCAAAUCAGAGCGGAGAAGAUAUUAAAUAAAAAAAAAACCCCACGUGCUAAAUGCAUUCCAUGAUUAAUGUUUGGAGCAAAACGUUUUGAGGAAAGAAGAGUUACAAGACACCCUGAACAAUCAACACGGUUCAAAUGGAAUUAUUUGCUUUGUGCAGAGAGUGUUUCGUCAUUAACCUUUGUUUAUCGCUGUGAUUAGCUGGAGGUUAUAACAUAACGUUCCAGUUUGUUGUUGUCUUAUUGUAGACCAGUAAUGGGUAAGGGAAAACAAAAUUAAUUAAUUUUACUGAAGGAUAAUGUUCGUGUUUGGAACAAAAAGUGUGAAAUAAACUUGUUCAAUUCGUGUGUUUUGAAAAAAGGAACAUUACUGAAACAUUAAAUUGUCGUUUAAAGCAGGAUAUAUAAAGUAAAUGUUUUUGGAAUUUUGGGCAGGGAACACGAAAUUAGUUAUUGAACACGUAUCGUCAGUUGGACACAGUCAAAUUUAAAGAAACAAUAGAGAACAACACUGCUUUAAAGUAGAGUUUGAGCGGUUUUUCAACAAAACAAAUAGCGCAAAAAAAAAAAAAAAAAACCCACACAUAAUAAAUAAAUAAAUAAAUAUAAUAAAAACUACAAGGUCAACGAUAUUGUAUUUGCAUUUUAGAACAAAGAGUGUCUUGGAAGUUUAAUUCUCGAAGUUCAUAAUUUCCAUGGCUGAAAUCAAUUUACCAUAUUCUUGAGACGUCAUACACAUUUAAAAAAAGAAAAAAAAAAAGAAAAAAAAAGAUGGCCUAUUCACUUAUACCCAAUCUUCGGACUGCAUUAGCCUGUGUGGUAGUUGUGUGUUUUUCCAAGGUUUGCGGCACUUCACGUCAAAACGUGAGCCUUGCGGUUUUGCUGCCCGAUGACAACAAAAGAUUGUUUUCUCUAUCGCGGGUGACAAGUGCUAUAGAACUUGCCACGGAGAGCGUCAUUAAAGAGGGCAUGCUAACCACCGUGCGCCUAAAUCCGCUGUACGAUGAUUCCAACUGCAGUAUUGCUGAUGCCAUGAACGCCGCCAUAGACUUCUAUGUGAACAAGAAAGUCGUCGUGUAUAUAGGCCCGUCUUGUGACUACGCCGCUGCGCCCGUGGCCCGCCAGGUGAAGUACUGGAACCUGCCCAUGAUCACAGCGGGGGCGUUCGCCGGGGAUUUCGGCGACAACAAGGGCUACGAGUUCCCCAUGCUCACGAGGAUCGGCUCUAGCUUCAACGCUCUGGCCAGGUUCUUCAUGGUCGUCCUCAAACACUUCAGCUGGACCAAGGCCAACCUCGUGUACUCCUACACCGGUCACGGCGCCAUCAUGGACAAGUUCUGUCACGUGCUGAACAACGCCAUACACCACGCUUUCAGGAUACACCACGACGUAGGGAAUUUUACCGAGGUGCAUCAGAAGUUCCAUCGCUUGAGUGACAUACUGCCGAGUCUGGCUCAUCAUCUGGGGAAUGAGUUGGCAGAUUCGCUCUAUAUAAUGCAGGCAUGA